GGUACAGUGACUUUUGGCUCGAACUAGACAGUGUUCGCCAUGGAGGACGACGAAGUCAACGAUGAAAUGCUCCUUGCGCAACUCGAGGACAGCGAUGAAGACGAGAUAGACUGGGAAGAGGUCGACGUUACGGUCCCUCAAGCUUCAACAGCACCGACUGCUCCACACGAUUCGGCGGACAUCCAUCUCGAUGUUGAGGAGGGCCCUUCGACGCUAUCAAGACCGGACAUUGAGAUUACACUGAGCAAGAGGACUGACAAGAAGGGAGACGCAGCAAAGAAGAAAACUACAGGGAUCUCUCAUGCAGAACGCCUGACGCGGAUAGACUGUCAUAAAAUCCAUACAGUCGCUCUUCUCGUCAAUGCGCGCAUUCGAAACCGAUGGCUUAACGACCAGCUCUUACAGGCCCGCCUUCUCUCACUCACACCUUUAAGACUCCAGAACGAAUUUGCCAAGAUCCACAGGUCACGCAUCCCCGAAGCUCCCAAACGUGGUCAUCUCUUCCAACUCGCCAUCACCCGCCUCGCAGAAUGGUGGGCCAACGAUUUCUUCGAGGUAGAUCCCGAAGGACAUCUUCGUAGUCGCACGUUCGACGAAAUUCAGACCCGUCUCUCCGUGAAAGGUCUCCUGCCUUCUCAGCCUUUCGUAUCGACCUCACCAUUCAAGGUGGACCGGAAGGGGAAAGGCAAAGCAUAUCAAGGGCCGGUUGAACUUGAUGUAGAAGCAUGGCAGGACGGAGAGGAUGAGGACGAGUGGGAGGUGGUCAGGAGCGAGAAGAGUCUGAUGAAGCGUGCGUUGCAGCGGUACGGGAGCCGGGACGUGAGUGCGCAAUUGUUCACAGCGUUAUGCAGAGCACUUGGGAUCCCUGCGAGAUUGGUGGUCAGUUUGCAGAGCGUACCGUGGCAAGCGGGUGUAGGCAAGCCUAAGUCUAAGCCGAAACCGAAGACGAAGGGGAAGGGGAAGGAUAGGGCUUCGGUGGAUGGUGAAGAAGAUGGAGAGGAAGAUGGAGAUAUGGAGGAGGUUGAUAUUCCUUCGACUGGUGGGUACUUCCCAGGAGAUGGUCAAACGCUUGAUGGGGGUAGCAGCAGCCCGGCAGCCAAUGGUAAAGGGAAGGGUAAGGAGAAAGCGAAGCCGGUAAUUAGGCUAAGAAAGUCGAAGAGCAAGGGCCAGACAUUAGCUUCAUCCCAACCGCCUAAGCCUCCAGAUCCAACGCGUACCCCACCCAUCUUCUGGAUCGAAGUCUUCUCUCGUGCAGAUGCACGCUGGCUCCCCGUAGACCCUAUCCGCGCCAUAAUCAAUAAACGCAAGCUCUUUGAUCCUGGUCAUCCUAGUGCCCUCACGGCUAGGGGCCCUGGCCGCCGACAAACGCGGGUCGACAAUCGGAUGUCCUACGUGGUAGCUUUCGAAGAGGAUAGUUAUGCGAGGGAUUUGACGCCUCGGUAUGCGAGGGAGUACGGCGCGAAGGUCGCGAAGGCGCAGGUGGGCGGGAAGGGGCGGAAGGAGUGGUGGGAGAGGGUGUUAGGUACGGUGACGAGGCCGUACAGACUGCAUCGAGAUGACCUCGAAGAUGAAGAACUUACUGCUAACCAGAUCACGGAGGGUAUGCCCACGACAAUGUCCGGCUUUAAGGACCAUCCACUCUACGUCCUCUCCCGCCAUCUCCUUCGCGAUCAAGAGAUCCGCGCCAACGCACCCGAGCUAGGCAAAUUCAGAGGCGAACCCGUCUAUCCCCGCUCGGCUGUCCUCUCGCUCAAAACUGCGGAGAACUGGAUGCGGAAAGGACGUGUGGUACGCGAAGGAGAGCAGCCGAUGAAAUGGGUGAAACAAAGGGCGUCCACGAUCGGUCGGAAGAGGGAAUUGGAGGUGUUGAGAGAGGCUGGGGCUGCGGACGGGAAGGGGGAAGGGGAGGAAGUCAUGCAGGGUUUAUAUGCGGAGAGGCAGACCGAAGUGUAUGUUCCUGAGCCUGUAGUUGAUGGACGCGUGCCGAAGAACGACUUCGGAAAUAUCGACCUGUAUACGUCGAGCAUGCUACCCGCAGGAGCGGCCCAUUUGCCUCACAAGGGCAUCGCAAAGGUCGCUCGUCAGCUAGGAUUUGACUAUGCCGAAGCAGUCACGGGCUUCGAGUUCAAGAAGCGGCGCGCUUUCCCGGUUCUUACUGGAAUCGUCGUCGCAGUAGAGAACGAAGAAGCCAUUCUAGAGGCGUAUUGGGAGCAGGAACACAACGCUGCAGAAAGGGAGAAGACCAAACGACAGGAUGCGGUCAUCAAGCGCUGGACCCGCCUGAUCCAAGGCUUGCGGAUACGAAAGCGAUUGCAGGAGCAAUAUGCAGGUCGUGCUGAUAAUCCCUUGGCCAACGGGGAUGAUUUUGGUGGUGCUAGUAAGAAUGUUGGGGAUAAUUCGGUUGAACAGGCCGGCGGCUUCAUCACAGGAGCAGACGAUGUCGUUCAGCCAUACCUCUUACCAAAGUAUCAACACGCAAUCUUCCAGUCUACACCAAACACUCCAAAAUCUGUCCCGGGAACGAGUACCGCUCCUUCCAUCGCAGCGGACCAAGAUCGUUCAGAUUCAAUCGGUCUCGAGCGGCCAAGCGACGGUUAUGAACUCACCGAAGGUCUGGAGGAAGAUGAAGAUGAAGAUGACAUGAUGGAGGUGAUACCAGUACCAGCGCCACCGAGAGGCGCACCGAAGACGAUGGCUGAGUUGGCUGCUGGUGACCUUUCUUUGCGGUCUUCGCCACUGGAUGAGCUACCAGUCUCGGCGGCUAUCGCACCAUCGAAAGAUGUAGUGGACGAGGGCGACGAUGACGCCGGAUAUCAACCAUCUCCGGCUUCGGUCUCAACGAAACCACUCGCACGGAGGACCCUUCGGAAAACCAACGGAACUGCCAACACAAUUUCGGCUUCGACAAAUUCAAAACCGAAACCAAAACCAAAGCCUACGCCCCGAACAGCCACGAAGGCUAAGGCCGUCGCUGGUCGGAAACGAGGAAGAGGCGCAAGAGCUCGUUCUGAUGACGAGUCUGAAGAUGGAGAGGAGCAUGAAGAGGACGCCAUCGCCCAACCAUCACCGGCUAAGCGUCGAAAGGCUGCACAACCCCCGGUAGUGAAGUCAGAUAGGGUGCUGAGGACCCGUAAAGGGAAGGAUGCGUCGAAGGUACAGGAGGAGCAGGAGCGAGAAGAAGUGGUUAGGGAGGCGAUUGGAGAGUCCGAUUGAAGCUGCUCUUUGGGAACAGACGGGACGAUUGUUCCACAUUGUUAUUUGGCUGCUCGACCGCCACACCGCUGCCUCGGACGGUAUUUUAUUCGUCUCAUUUAAUGGAUGUAUCACUUUCAUCGGGUUUCUUGUACAAUUAUGGAUCUGUACUCUGUGUAUCAUCUCCUGUUGACAAUGGUGUGAUAAUCUGCUGUUCUGUCUCUGGGAUGGCGGCGGGGGUAGCACCAUCCUUCUGAGCCUCGGUCGUCGCUUGUACUUGUUCUACAAUCGCAGGAAGGAGGACAGCGAAAGUGAGGUAAGAAGUAUGCCCGCGGACCUCCGACAUGACUUUAGCCAGGAACUGUGUCGUCGGCUCCGUCGUAUCCUCGGCCUCGAGGAGAGUUGUCGGUACAGUCGUGGGCGAGUCCAUCUUAACGUCCGUAUCCCCUUGUCCGAUGGCGAGUGUAGAAGAUGGCAGUUGGCCCUGCACAGAUGAGUUCGCGACGACAUCAGCUGCGGGCUCAUUGUCUGUCUUCACCCGUUUGGUGCCCUUCUCCUUGCCGUCAGCGUCAUCGUCAUCGUCAGCUGCAGGCUUUCCCUCCUCGUCUUCACCGCCAUUCGCGACUUCCGAGCGUUUUCGUUUUUCGACCGUCCGUGAGCGGGAGGCCGCGAUCUGUCGGAUCCGUUUCUCUUCACGGCGUUUUUCGGAUUGUUUGAGUUUCUGGGAGACAGCGCUGAUAGGCUGGAGGGUCGGGACUUGGCUGACUUCGUAUGGCCGAAGGAGAGUUUCGUACAUCGUGAUAUCUGUGAAAUUUGCCUCGUUGAGUGCGCUCACUGUCCGUAGGACUUGCUCCAUGCAUGGGCUGAAACAGCAUAUUCGUGUGAUGCGGUCUUUUCUGAGUGCUUUCUUUGCGUGCUCUAUGGCUUCCCAAGGGGCAGGCAGGUCGAGGAAGAUAGCAUCCGCUUCGUCGGUCACCGUGAAACCAUCUUUGCAGACAUUGCGGUGAGUGAGAGUGACCGUAUCCGACAUUCCGUGGCGAGUAAACUCUUCCCUCGCCUUGUUUGCUCUCGCUUCAUGGAAUUCAUACGACCACAGCUUUCCAGAAGACCCAAUCGUUCUUGCCACUGAAUGCGAGAAGGACCCGGAGCCGGUGCCUGCUUCGAUAACGACACUGCCAGGAUGGAUGUUGAGCCAUGAAGUGAUGAAUGCUAUAUCUGCGAUGUAGAGAAUCUGGGUGCGGUGGGGUAACGCCAGAGUCCACAACUCGGGUGUGGGCCGCAGGAUAUGAAUGAAUCCUUUGCCAGUGCGAGAGGCGAUUUUGGAGCCAUAAGGCAGCCCAACUAGGUCUGCGUGGCGAUAGUUCCCGAACUUGCUGUUGAACUCCUUUCCGGGAGUUAUGGUGAGAGGCUGUAUCUGUUCUCGUGUGAGCCAUGCGAUGACCACAUCUCCAGCCGCUAUCGUAGGGGCAGAGGACCACAUAUUGACUAGCG